CUCUCAUGAACCCCGAGCUUAUCGAGCUUGUCGGGGGCGACAACAAUGGCGGAGAGAUAAGAGGAGGAGGAGGAGAUGGCGGGGAGGAGGAAGCUGCUGUUGCUGUUGAAGCCAUUUGAUGUGUAUCCAGCAGUCCGUCCAUCCAACAACGCCCUCUCUCCCCUUCCCAACCCUCAGAUUCUAAAUUAUCUCGACCACCGGCGUAAAGUCCAUAGGAAAGCGAUUAGCUUUUGUCAGAAUAUAUUGCAGAGAAAGCCUGUGGACUGGGAACUCAUGAUGCGGAACGAUCUCUCACGGCCUAUCUGUAAUGUGGAUCUCGUUGUCACUGUCGGUGGUGACGGAACUCUCCUGCAAGCUAGUCAUUUUAUGGAUGACUCGGUUCCUGUUUUAGGAGUGAACUCUGACCCAACAAAGGCAGAAGAAGUGGAAGAGUUCAGCAACAAAUUUGAUGCAACCAGAAGUACCGGAUACCUUUGUGCUUCUACAAUCGGUAACUUCGAGCAAAUUCUUGAUGAGGUUCUCGAGGGCAGAUCAGCUCCUUCUGAAUUGUCGAGAUUGUCGAUCCAAGUAAAUGCAGAAUCACUGCCGAGUUAUGCUCUAAAUGACAUUUUAAUUGCCCAUCCAUGCCCCGCAGCAGUUUCUCGUUUCUCGUUCAGAAUAAAGAAUGAUGCCGGACCUUGCUCUCCAAUAGUAAAUUGCCGAUCGAGUGGUCUGCGAGUUUCGACAGCAGCUGGAUCAACGGCCGCGAUGCUAUCAGCAGGCGGAGUCAAAAUGCCGAUUCUAUCACGAGACAUCCAAUAUAUGGUAAGAGAACCAAUCUUGCCUGGGGCUUCCUCCUCCCUAAUGCGCGGAUUCGUGAAACCCGGUCAGUCUAUGGGCACCUCGUGGUUCUGCAAAGAAGGUGUGAUUUAUAUAGAUGGUUCCCACGAGUGCCAUCAGAUAAAACAUGGGGACACCAUCGAGAUCUCUACCAAAGCUCCGGUCUUGAGAGUACACCUGCCCUCUCAUUUGUUGUCUUAGAAUGCAGUCGGUCCAUCUACCUUCUCAGUCAAGAGCUUCCAAUGUGUGAGAGAGACAAACGGUUUCGAGGGGAAAGCAAUUAUGUCAGAACAACUGUGAGUGUCGCAAACUUUGACCAGAUAUCAUUUGAGUGUAUCGGGAAACAUGGAGGAAAGCUGAAGUACAAGGUUAUGUAAUAUAAAGGUGAAGCUGUGGCAGAAAAUCUCUGGGUCACCGACUGCGAUGAAAUAAGAUCACAGUUGAUAAAGACCGACUACCUAUGAAGGAUGUAUGCCUCCAACAAAUUCUCAAGUGUAACAUCUCAGUUACUUCCAUGUUGAGUCGCGUGUAUAUGUAAAAUCUUUCAUUAGAUAGGGUAAUAUUGCUAUAAACCUACAGGCUACAAUGAUUUGUUCUGAAAGAAGAGAAUGUAUACAAAGUUGUCUCCUCACUCCGAACA